AUGCAGCCGCACCUCGGCAGAGAGGGCGUCGUCAGCCGGGUCCCAGAACCCCAGGUCAGCCCACCUUCCUGUGUCCACAGCGGGCCCCCUCUGAAGCCCUGGUUCUGCGACUGGACGGAGGGGGAGGCCAGGAUCUGGCACAGCAUGAGCUGUGAGGACUAUGAGGACAGGACCAAGCACUCGUCUCUGGCCAUCUCUCUCUGGGCGGUGGAGGGCACAGAGAUUGACUUCCCCAAGCCAGUGCUGGAACUGGAGCUGGACACACCAUACCCUGAGCUCUCUCGCAUCCUUGCAGCCAUAAUCUCCUCCCAUACUUCCGAAUCCAUAAAGGACCUGUCUUACACAAAGGCAUCUCAGGGCUCUACCCACAAGGACAGACAGACAGUCCCUGCCACCAUCUUGCUCCACAAGUCGCGGAGCAGCCAGGCUGCCCUGGUGCCCAAGGAGCACAAGAUGUUCAUGGAGGAAGCCUACAACGCAGCCAUCUGCUUCAAGAUGCUCCGGGACCUGAAUGGGUCAGACCCCGUCCGCCUGAAGUAUGUCAUCAGGAAGAUCAAGAACAUAGCUUGUGGGUCCCCCAACCUGGUGCUGGAAACCAUCCAUGACUACUUCACAGACAGCCCAGAGAUCUCCACCCGGCACAAGUUCCGGCUCUUCCAGGUCCUAGAGACCGUCAUCGAAGCCAGUGACUUCCUGGAGGAGACCUGGGAGAAAAGCUUCAUGAAGCUGGCCCUGGAGAACAUGACCAAGACCACGGAGCUGGAAGACGUGUUCCAGGACGCAGCCAGCAACGUGCUGGUGGCCAUCUGCAAGCACUCAUGGCGGGCAGCGGCCCAGCACCUGGAGACCGAGAUGCUGACGGGCAUCUUCCCACACCGCAGCCUCCUCUACGUGCUGGGCAUCCUGUCCUCCAGGGAGGAGCUCUUCAACGAGGGAGAGAAGGCGUGCUGGGAAGAGCAGCUGGCCCAGAUAGCCGCCAAGUCGGUCCAGUUCCUGAACACCGAUGUGUGGUCCAAGGAGCUGCGGUGCGCGCUCACCAAGCCCGACCAGAUGCAGCAGGAGCAGCCCCCAGAGAAGGCCUUCCUCUUCUACUACUAUGGGCUGAUCCUUCAAGCUGCAGAGAACAGCACCACCGUCAGGGCACACCUGCAGUCCCUCCUGGAAACGUCCCACCAGCGGCCCAAGCAGAGGGAGGGCAUGGCUGUCACCAUGGGUCUGGCCGCAGCCCGCCACCUGGACGAUGUCUGGGCCGUCCUGGAGCAGUUUGGCCGGAGUGCACCCGUCAGGUGCAGCCUCCACAGCUUCUCCCCAAAGGGCUCGGAGGACUUCCGGUGGAAGUGGGCCAGCAGCACCAUCCUGCUCGCGUACGGCCAGAUGGCGGCCAAGGCCAAGGCGCACAUCCUCCCAUGGGUGGACAACGUCUUGUCCAGGAUGAUCUUCUACUUCCACUACAGCUCCUGGGAUGACACCCUAAAACAGAGCUUCCUCACAGCUGUCCUGCUGCUGGUAGGGGCCAUCAGCCGGAAUGAGGGUGCCCACAGCUAUGAGUUCUCCCAGGCCCCUGAGCUCCUGGACUGUCUGAUGAUUUUGAUGGAGAAGGAGUCCCCGGACACUCUGUGUACAUCGGUUCGCCAGCAGACCAUCCACAUCAUCUCUAGCCUCUGUAAGCUGAGGCCCCUGCCCAACCUGGAGCAGAAGUCACGGCUCCUGUCUGUCUGCUUCCGCAGCGUGUUUGCCCUGCCGCUGCUGGAGGUUCUGGAGAAGCACACCUGCCUCUUUCUGGAGCCACCCAACAUACAGGUGCGCCAGGUAGCUGAGAGGGGCUGCUCAGGGGGAAACCGGCUCCACUGCUCCCAGGGGCUUGAGAAGGGCAGGCUGGAGGGCAGGGCCCCUGACAAGCCCACAGAUCCAGGCCAGGGGACCUUGGUUCUGUUAGCAGAAGCCCUGCGGACUGGGAGACGCGGCCAUGGCUGGAGGCUGCCACCAGGGGGCGCACGCCGCUUCAGCGUGCUCAGCCACAGCGCACGCGCAGGGUGUGCAGCUGAGGGGAGGGGCGCCGUGUUAACUGCGCGCCUAGCCCUGUUCGACAAGACAGCGGAGGCUCUGGACCAGCUGCUGCAGAGCUUCAUGGUGCAAACCCCCACGGCUGUGGAGCUGCACUUCCUGCUGUCGCACAUGUACAUCUGGCUGGCAUCGGAGAAGGCACACGAGCGGCAGCGGGCGGUGCACAGCUGCAUGAUCCUCCUCAAAUUCCUGAGCCAGAACCUCCACCUGGACCCGAAAGAGGAGUUCAAAUGGACUGGGCAGCUGGUGGGCACGCUGGGGAUUCUGUGCCAGGACCCUGACAGGGCCACCCAGCACGCCAGUCUGGAAGGGAUGGGCCACCUCUACCAGCUACUUAUGCGCCAGAAAGCUGGGGAAGCUUCAAAGGCAGAAUCGGGGACCCCCAAGCAGCUCCGGAGCAGCAGUGACCAGAAGGCAGCUCCCACAGACAUCCCAGAACAGGCACCCCGAAAGGACCGCAUCUUCCAGCUCGGCAGCUCCCAAGUCAUCAAGGUCAAAGCCCUGACAGUCGUGAGCGGGUCUGGCCACGCCUUCCGCCUGUGGAGGGCACUCGGCGCCGAGCCUCCCAUGAGCCGCCUAGUGCUGGCCACUCUGCUGGCUUGGCUGCAGGAGCGGCCCCUGCCCAAGGCGGCUGGUGACAGCAGCCCUCAGCCCAAGGACAAGGCCUACCUGCCCUCGCUGGCCGCGUCAGAGCCCCCCGCCCCCUCGGGCGUCUCACGGGCCCCGCCCCCAGCCACUGUGAGAGCCGCAGUGCGCGUGCGCUGCCUGCAGUUCCCGGCCCCCACGACCGACCUGCGCAUCAGGUUGUAUUUUGAGAAAUCCAACAAUUUCCCCAGCUGUACACUGAAGAGUGGAACCAGCUUGGAGUUCCUCUACAGCCCCGUCGUGCUGGAGGUGCUCCCCAAGCAGGCCGCCCUGGCCGUGCUGGCCCGAGGCCUGCAGGACCCCAGCCCUGAGGUCCGCGUGUGGAGCCUGCAGGGCCUGGGGAACGUCCUCUUCCACCCAGGAAAGGGGAGCCUGCUCCGCGGACAGCUGCUGCCCUUCCUGGACGGCUUCUUCCAAGACAGCGAGCCGGUCGUGGUGCGCGUCAUGGGCACCGUGUCAGACGUGCUACGCCGCCUGGGUGCGCUCGGCGCAGGCGCCCAGAGCCUCAGCGUCGCCGUCAAUGCCCGCUCCUUCUUCGACGACGAGCGGGAUGGAAUCCGGGCAGCAGCCAUGGCGCUGUUCGGGGACCUGGUGGCAGCGAUGGAGGGCAGGGAGCUGGGCGGCCUGCGAGCCCAGGUGUACCAGAGCAUGGUGCCCCUGCUGCUGCACCUGAAGGACCACUGCCCAGCCGUUGUCACGCUGGCCUGGGAGCGGGGCCUCAGCGCCCGCCACUUCCUCUGGACCUGCCUAAUGACCCACAGCCAGGAGGAGUUCAGUGUCCACUUGGCACAGGCCCUCAGCUACCUGCACAGCUGCCACCACCACAUCAAGACCUGGGCCGCGCUCUUCAUAGGUUAUACCAUCUGCUAUCACCCCCAGGCCGUGUCCCAGAUGGUGACCGGCGUUGACACAAACCUGCUCUUCUGUACUUUUGAAGAUCUCAAGAAAGACCCCGAGCCGGGCAUCCGGGAGUUCGCUGCCAGGCAGUUCUCCUUCCUCCAGAAGGUGGCGGCCCAGACAGGACGAUGCCGGGGUGGGGCUGCUCCUCGGCCAGGGUCCCUGGGUAGACCCCGGGAAGCAAACCUGUGCAGUCUCAGUCGCUGGGGUCCGGCCCGCCUGUUACUGCAGCAUACCCAGCCUGUGCUGACCGACACAGCGUCAGCUGAGGGACGCACAGGGGCCAAUGCCGUGCAGGUGGACAAGGCCGGCGUGAGGUGGGCAACACUACAGGACUCGAGGCUAAGGCAGAAGGCCCGGCCUUGUCCACCUCUACGGCUCUGGUUCGUGUGCGUCCCUCAGUGUGACACUGCGUCAGUCAGCACAGCUGGGCAUGCCGCAGUAACAGGCAGGCCCAACCCAAACCCUGGGGCUCCGGGGGCCAGGGACAGCCUCUCCCCCACCUUGGCCGGGAGGACUGAACGGGUGAUACACUUAGUCGAGCCCUCAGGGGCAGCCCAGCCAGCACAUCCCCAGGUACACGGCGGCAUUGACGCCAUCAGUGAACCUGGGAGGAAGGCCCUGUGUACGCCAUCCUCCAGGAACCAUCCCCCAGUUGGUGCCCGGGCGGCCUGGCAUCAGAUCUGA